CAUUACUCAUUGAAAAACAUACGCCUUUUUCCCUUUUACCUUUCCAUCUAUUGUCUAAUAUAAUUUUUAAGGGUACUUUCUUCUUUCUUUGUUUCUCUUGAGCUCAUAAGAAAAAAAAAAUAUACAUAUUUAUAAAGUUUCAUGCAAAAAUGGCUAUUGAUUGCAUGAGAAACAUACCUCUUACUACCACAAAAACCUACCAAAACUCAAAAAACGAGUCACAACUUGUAUUCGAUUCCUCAAUUCUUAGCCAUCAACGUAACAUACCACAACAAUUUAUAUGGCCAGAUGAUGAGAAGCCAAGCCUCAUUGACCCGGAAGAGUUGCCAGUUCCCCUCAUUGACCUCCAGGGUUUCCUUUCAGGGGAUUCCCAGGCAACCCUGGAGGCUUCAAAGCUAGUGGGUGAGGCUUGCCUUAAGCAUGGGUUUUUCCUAGUUGUGAAUCACGGUGUUGAUUCCAAGUUGGUUAAGGAUGCCCACAACUUGAUGGAUGAUUUCUUUGACCAACCCUUGACUCAGAAAGAGAAGGCUCAAAGGAAGUUUGGUGAGCAUUGUGGCUAUGCUAGUAGCUUCACCGGUAGAUUUUCUUCAAGUCUUCCUUGGAAGGAGACUCUCUCCUUCCAAUUCUCUCCUCCCUCUACUAACAAUGAGUGUUCAUCCUCUUCCAACAAAGUUGUCCAAGAAUACUUCAACAAUAAAUUGGGUGAUGAUUUCAAUCACUUAGGGAAGGUGUACCAAGACUAUUGCGAGGCGAUGAGCACGCUAUCCCUAGGAAUCAUGGAGUUGCUAGGACUAAGCAUGGGAGUAGGAAGAAAACCAUUUAGGGAGUUUUAUGAAGACAAUGAAUCAGUGAUGCGAUUGAAUUACUAUCCACCAUGUCAAAGACCAGACCUUACACUCGGUAUCGGCCCUCAUUGUGAUCCAACAUCGCUAACAAUCCUUCAUCAAGAUCAAGUUGGAGGUCUUCAAGUGUUUGCAGAUGGAAAAUGGCGUUCGAUAUCACCCGAUUUCAACGCUUUUGUCGUCAACAUUGGUGACACUUUCAUGGCCCAAUCGAAUGGAAUAUAUAAGAGUUGCCUGCAUAGAGCAGUGGUGAAUAGUGAGAAACCAAGGAAAUCACUAGCAUUUUUUCUAUGCCCAAGCAAGGACAAAGUGGUAAAACCACCAAGAAAACUUGUAGACAAUGAGAACAACCAAAGGAAAUAUCCUGAUUUCACAUGGCCUAUGUUGCUAGAAUUUACACAAAAGCAUUAUAGAGCUGAUAUGAAUACUUUAAAAGUGUUCUCUAAAUGGGUUCAACAACAAAGAACUUAAGUGGUGGAAAUAUAAAUGUGACCUAUGUUGGAAGUUAGCCCUUAUUUAGUAAACUCCUUAAUUUAUUUGGAAAAAAUACAAGACAUUAUUGGAAAUUGAAGGAAAGAGGAGAUAUAAAUGGUGCAUGAUCACAGUAAAAAAGGAAAGUUUCCAUGGUAGUUUGGAGAUUGAAAUUAUGAAGCUAUGCAAGUUUUAUUUCUUUCUUUGCUUUAUUAUUUAGAUAAGUAGUAGUAGUAGUAGUAUUAGUAGUUGGAAUUAGGUUGAGGUAUUGAGUGGUAUAAUGCGAGAGUAGAGAUAGAUAAUCAAAUUUUGGCUUUUAUUUCAUGUAUAAAAUUCGAUGGAAUAAUAUAUCAAUCUUAUUGUGAUUCUCGAGUGAUGAAUUAAAAUCUUUAAAUUGUUGAUGAUUAAAAGU